AUGCUUGGACUAGGAAAAACUUCGCCAAUAACUGUUAAUCAAACAUCUAUUGAAUUUUACAACGGUUUCAAGACCUUACAAUCAACCGGUCAUUGUCUUUCACUGACUGAAAAAUCAAAUAAAAAACAAGACUAUUUUCCAUUUCGAUCUGCUAGAUAUCAAAGUAUGAAUAAUAACAAAUCUUCAUCCAAUGAUUGGCAAUCAUAUUAUUUGAGAUCGAAUUCAAAUAAAUCAUACCUGAAAAAUAAUGUCAGUAUCGAUGAUGAACAAAACACUCAAGAAUACCGGCGAUUUCGAAAAGCUACGAAUCAAUUGUCAGCAAAAACGUCGAUGGAUCAAAAUUCUGAAGUUGUUUUUCCAUGUUACUUAGCAAUGGCAAAUAAAAAUAAAAAUGAAUAUUCAAGAUAUAAAGAUUCUCGAUUUUUACAAAGAAAACCAAACAAUGCAUUUGAUAGUACACAACCGAAAGCUCAUAAAAAAUGUCGAUCGUCUCUCUAUUCUGUUGAUGUUAAGCGUUUUCCUGUUCCUGACGAGAAAGUUUUUUGGCAUACUACAUUUCUUGAUUAUUUUCCCAAUGAAUACACAACCGAGAAAGUACAACGUAAUCCAAGGGCAGAUCCCUGUGAUCCAUCGGAAAUAAAUAAAUUUAAUCAACUUGAUACGAAAAUUGAUCGAAGAAGUUUUACAGGACAUUAUUAUGUUGAUCCAAUAACAAAUCGACCAAGAAAUCCAAUAGGAAGAACAGGAAUAACUGGUCGUGGUCGUCUAUAUUAUUGGGGUCCAAAUCAUGCUGGUGAUUCAGUGAUUACUCGUUGGCAUCAUGAUGAAAAGGGUACUAUUGUUCGUCGUCAAGCCAACUGCCAGGAUUGUUUUAAACCUGUUCUCGAAUUUGUGACUAUUCAAAGAAAAGAUACAAAAGAAUGGGCUUUACCAGGAGGUAUGGUUGAUCCUGGUGAGCAUAUAUCUAGUACAGUAAAACGUGAAUUUCAAGAAGAAGCCAUGCAAGAUGGUAUUGAAGAACAUUAUAUAAGUAAAUUGUUUUCCAAUGGAUAUAAACUAUUUGAGUGGUACGCUGAUGAUCCAAGAAAUACAGAUAAUGCUUGGAUCGAAACAGUUGCUAUAAAUUUUCACGAUGAAACAGGUCAAUUAACUAAACAUAUUCAUUUGGAUGCAGGUGAUGAUGCAACAAACGUUGCUUGGCGACCCAUUGAUAGAAACAUUGACUUAUAUGCCUCUCAUAAAGAGAUUCUUAAAAGAGUUGUCGAUCGAUUUGAUGCAUAUUGGUAA